ACACAUUUAUGGGCAUAAACACACACACACACAUGGUCAGCCAGUCGGUUCGUCCCCUCCAGUUAUUUUUAGUCUAAAGUCAACACGGCGCUUUGCUUAACGACUCCACUGAAUUCCUCUCUGUUCCUUUUGAUUUGAUCUUAUCUGCUCCCGGUCUUCCUCAGUCACCCGACCUGAUCGCAAAAUUCAAUCGGAGCGUUUGAGGAAGACGCUGAGAUGUGGUUGAAAUUCCCAGAAAAUAUCACUCGGCUCUCUCAGACGGCGGUCAUGGCUCGCUGCAGGAGUUACUUACGAGGUCUCGCCAUCUGUGUCACUGUGCUGCUGAUGGUGUCGGGCGUGGUGAUGAUCGGAGUCGGGUUCUCCUCCAUCGAUGGCAACACGCCGGUUGCCGAGUUGUUCAACCAGUUGUCGAGCAGCGAUGGUCUUCUGGUGCUGCAGGUUUUCGGUCCCAUCACAGUGAUUCUGUCUGUUCUGGGCGUCUGUGCUGCGACGCUGGACCUCAAACCUCUGCUGCUGGUGUUCUCGGCUCUGAUAUUUGUGGAGUUUGUGGCUCUGAUGGUCGUCGCCUCGCCGCUGGUUCAGGUCCAGGCUCAGUUGGACGGCGCCGUGGACGAGGUGUUCCUGAACGUCACUCCUCUCCACAAAGCGGAGCCGUACAUCCAGCGCGAACUGAAGAAGCUGCAGACGUCGGACUCGUGUUGUGGUCUGAGGAGUUUUGACGACUGGGAGGAUCAACUUCCUGACUCCUGCCUCUGCUCGCCUCCCACCGCCCCGCCCACCUCCCACCUGCCGCCCAGCCGUCAGUCUGGUAACACGAGCUCAGACGGAGCCUGUGUGAUGGCGGACGGUGACCUUCGACCUCGGACCUCUCGGGUCACAGAGAAAUGGGUUCACUCGAAGCCCUGCGGUCCCAUCCUGAAGAGCUACCUGAGCUUCCCGAUCAAACUCAGGAUAGGAAUCAUUUCAGCCUUCGCCACCAUCGCGAUAACGGCCAUCGCUCUGUGUCUGGCGUUGGGUCUGGAGGAAUAUUGGAAGACGCCUCCGGUAGAAACGACCGUCGACGACUUCAACAGAGUGAAGUACGAACCCAAACCCUCCCUCACCUGACCCCUGACCCCUGACCUCUGACCUCCGACCUCCGACCCGUCGCCUGAACCCGAACCAUCGCUCCACACAGCUGCGAUGAUCAACAACAACAUCCACUCAGAAGCUUUAUAUCGGACUGUUUCCUGGUUGAGCUGUACGACGUCUCGUUGGCAGGUGACAGUUCGCGGCUUCAGGUAGAAAACGUUUAAUUUAAGAAAACCGAGCACAUUUUAUUUUUCAGCGUCGUCCCCUCCGACAUUUACAAACCGUGUGGAUCCAUCGAGGUCGGGCUGCUCGACAGAGCUGUAACGAUCCAUCGAUCCAAGAGAGAAAACAUCGAUCUGAAUCGUCACUUUCAAGAUGAGCCUUUAUUUUGAAAUUCACCACGACAGCUGAGAGAAUCCAGUUUAAUUAACAGAUAUAAUUGGUUCAGCUACGAGUAGAGACGAGGUUCGCUGUUUGCUAGCUGCUAUGCUAGCUGCUAUGCUAGCUGCUGCGCUAGCUGCUAUGCUAGCUGCUACGCUAGCUGCUACGCUAGCUGCUAUGCUAACUUACACAAAGUGAUGAAGCUAAUAAUGGUGCCAGUUGUUUCGUCUCCUCUGAACUUUAUAAUCUUGUUCCAUGUUCUUGUUGAGACAUAUUUCAUGUUUUGUGUCCGUGUUAAAGGACGAUUUACUGGUUUUAUUGCUCUUUGUGUUUUGUUUUUUUUUACAAUCGAAAGCAGAGAGGAGGAGAGACGGAGUGAUGAUGUCGUCUCACACUGACAUCAGUGUUGUGACGCUGCGAGGAAACAGUCCAGAUGUUUGUGUGACUGUCGACAUCUAAACCAGGAGAGUCUCUGUUUCGCUCUCAUCUGUGAGCGGUGUGUUAUAAAUAAAGUUUAUUUUGUCUCUGA